UACUGUCCUACUAACCAAAUUGUAUUGAGUUCACUAGAUCAUGUUAUACGGAAUAGUUCUUACAAUAAUUUUCGUUCUUUGCCUUCCGAUUUGUCACUGGAUUUAUGUUUUGCUUUCAAAACCUCGUAACUAUCCUCCUGGUCCUUUGGGAAUUCCGCUUUUUGGAAGCUUUCAUUAUGCUGCCCCAGCUAUCCACAUAAAUUUGCCCAAACUGGCCAAGAAAUAUGGACCGAUAUUUCAACUUCGGGCGUUUAACCAAGCAAUUGUAUGUGUGGUCGGAUAUGAUUUGAUUAAAGAGGUGAUGAUAAACAAAUCGAAAGAUUUCGCAUCUCGAUACGCAAGCGUACCUGGAAAACUUGUGCGUGGUGAAGGAAUGGACGGUAUCGCGGUUGCACCGUAUGGACCUAAAUGGAUGGCAAAUCGGAAGUUUUUCUACUCUGCUAUGCGGACCAUGGGGUUGGGAAAACGUGGAAUAGAAAAGUGCGUGAUUGAUGAAGUUCCCUACAUUGUGGAAGAACUUGAAAAACUUUGCUCUAGUGACGAGUUGUUCGAACCAUCGAGCGUAUUCGACCCUGCUGUACUAAACGUGCUUGCUUAUUUCACGUUUGGGAAUCGAUAUUCUUAUCAAGACGAAAAGUUUAAAGAACUCAUUCACAUCAAUAAUGAAUUCUUUCAAAAAGCAAAAUUUCUGAACCAACCAGAAUUCUUCCUUGUUACUUUGAUACCUGGCUUGCAUAAAUAUUGGCUUCCGCAAUGUGGGAAGGAUUUAAAGGAAUCAGUUGGAAAAAUCCACAAGUUUGUGAAAGCAGAGAUCAAACAUCACAGGCAACACCUUGACCCACAGAACCCAAGAGAUUACAUUGAUUGUUACCUGAACGAACUUAACCAGACGAGUGAUCAGAGUGAAUUAUCUGAACUUGGUUUAGAAAUGUCAAUUAUGGAUUUAUUUCAAGCUGGUACGGAAACAACGGCGACUACUCUACGUUGGGCAGUUUUAUACAUGGUCAAUAAUCCACAUAUUCAAGAGAACGUUCAGAGUGAAAUUGACAACGUUUUGGGUUUUGACCAACUUCCUAAAUAUGAAGAUAGGACAAGAAUGCCAUAUUGUGAAGCAACUGUUCUAGAAGUACAAAGAAUGGCGUCUAUAACCCCUUUUGGUUUGCUCCAUUGCUCAGAGGAAGACCAAAAGUUAGGAGGAUACCACAUCCCGAAACAUACAUGUAUCAUGCCAUCUUACCAUACUAUACAUUUCGACCCGAAGUUCUGGAAAAAUCCGAAUGAGUUUGAUCCAUGCAACUUUAUAGAUCCCAAUGGGAAGGUUGGCACUCGUGAUGCAUUUAUGCCAUUUGGCGGAGGACUUCGAAUCUGCGUUGGAAUGAAUAUAGCCAAACAAGAACUCUUUCUCUUUUUCGUGGCAAUCCUUCAAAAGUUUACCCUGCAACUUCCGGAUGAUGUGAAAAGUCUUGAUGAUGAACCGAUACCGGGAAUGACUUUAGCGCCCAAACCAUUUCGUGUGAAAAUCAAAAUUCGAUCCUAAAUUCACUUGACAUAACCAAAACCUACGUGUCAACGUAUGGAACAGUGUUCUAUUCAGACGUGUUUUGUGUGCAUCCAAUCGCGUUUUCUUCGCAUAUACAUAUAGUAGAGUGGGAGACCUUUAGCAUAUAAUAUCCGAAUAUCCUGAUCUUGUUUUUAAAA